AUGGCUGCAACAGAAAAUGAGUCACAAAAGUUAUCUCAUCGUGUACAACAAUCAAGAAACCUCUCACUGAUUGGAGGUAUAAUUAUGAUCAUGUUCGGUGUUGCUUGUAUUAUUUUUGCCUCCUCUCUCCUCAUCACUCACACAAAGACUGGUUAUUUUGCCACAAUUUUGGAAGGAUCAUUUUCAAUUCCGGCCAUUGCUUUGGACUAUGUUAUUGGGAUAUUAUUGGUGGUUGCUGGAGUGUUGGCUAUUGUGAGUUCUGUCAUGUUGGCCAAUGUUAAGAGGAGAUAUGUAUUGAGUGUUUCUUGGGUUGUUUUUGUUUCUCUGUGUCUUUUGAUGGCUAUUUUGAGGUAA